AUGGAAUCCAAUGUAUCACAACAAGCCUACACAUCCAUGAUGAAAUUCACCAUUGACGGUCGUCCUUAUUUGAAGGAUAUACAUGAUCUAUUCGCUGCGCUGAUAGUUCAGAUACCACUCGACACACACAGAUACUUGUUUCGAAACUACUACAAUACCUUCUCGUCUGAAGACGCAAUCCAAGCAUUAGGCAACUUGCGAUUCUCUCACACUGUCCGCACUCCUGAUCCGAACGACUCGUCUCGCUUACAGAGAACCACCACCACCACCACAUUCAACAUGGCUCGAGAAAUGGCAAAAUCACUCUGUCAGCAAUUCCAAAACUGCCGCCUGAUGGAGAACGCUGUCGACCCACAAAACAGAACAUUCCGUGACAAGGGCAUCUGGCAUUUGACACCCAAGGGCUUAUGCGUACUGCAAGAUUUCUGUGUGCGUACCGAAGUCAACAUGACAGCCCUUCGAAAGCACUUUAGCCAUAUGGAAGCCAUUCAUCUCGUUCGUCUCGACCGCAACCCUGAUGACGAUCAGCUUAUAUUGAACCGUGCCUGUGUGUCUGUCAUAUUCAGAGUCAUGAUGACCUGUCUGCCCCUGGAUGGUGAACUGACGAGCUCUGGCAACGCUAGCUCCAUGUCUGUGUCCUCAAGACAGCAAAGCACCAACAGCACGCCUCCCUCCUCCACUUCAUCCUCUGUAUCAUCUGCCACCUCCUCCUCCACGCCUUCUCUCAGUGCACCAUUUGCCAUGUCCUCUACUGUGUCCGGCAGCGAUUCCAGAGUCCAUAUGCUGGGAAACUACCUCCUUACGCUCUCCAAAUCUGGCCGUACAACAACGCAACUCAAAACUGCCAAAACCAUGCGUACCGUGUUCUCCUCGCAAAUGUGCUGCGACUGGCUGUUGGACUAUAAUACUGUCUCUUGUCGUGAAGAAGCAGAGGCCAUUGCACAAGAGUUCAUCAAGUACAACUGGAUCGAAUUCCAAGACCCCAAGCAUCACUCACUGCCACUGAAAUCGUCCAAAGUCUCCAUGUUUGUAGUGACCGACAAGGGCAAGCAAGUCGUUGCUGAACCCGUGAAGCAGCCAAAUUCACCUUCGAUCAGCCAACAGCUUUCUGAUCGAUCGAAAAUCACAACCACUUCCAACGUUGUCCGAUCACGCAGUAACACAAUUACUAAAGAAGACGAGGAGGCAUCUGAAGAAGAGAAAACAACCCUGCGAGAGAUACUAUCACAAGAUCCUGACUCCCUAUUAAUUACUCAACAAUCAACGACCACGACCGACGACACUGAAGACGCUAGCACACACACUGACCACUCAGCGUCAUCCAGGCCACCUAGCAUCGCCGUCGAUAAUAGCAGCAGCAGCCAUGCCACUGUCGAUUCAAAAGAAAGCAACUCGGCUCGUCUCAAAAUCAUACUUGAAAAUGCCAAAUUGCGCUCACCCUUCAAAGACUUUUUACGGGCCAACUUUUGCGAAGAAAAUCUGGACUUCUGGAUCGACUACAACACAUUGCGCAGAAAAUGUCGUACCCAGAGCCCUGCUCUGCCAUCGCAAAAUCAGAAGGAUCUGUUGGAGGAUGCUUACGACAUUUGGUCUACAUACCUAGCUCCUGGAUCCUCAUGUGAGCUCAACGUGGAGCAUUCCCUAUGUCAAGAGAUGGCACGCAUUGUUCAUUCGGUCGUUACAGUCAUUCCGGCCUAUCCCGGGCAAGGCAAGCCCACGAUUGUCAUCACUGCUUCAUCGGCUUCUCAGAGUUUACGCAUGAUGCUGAAAUUAUUUGACAGGGUCAAUGAACACAUUUGUCGUUUGAUGGCUUCGGACUCUGUCCCUAAAUUUGUUAAAACUGAAAAAUACCGUAAAAUCAUCGAUUCUAUUGAAAGAAGCGAGCGUAAACGUCAAAAGGAGCUGGAAGAGCUGACAGAUUCAUUGCGUAAAAUGGACUCUACUGACGAUUUGUAUCAAACAAACAUCGAAACAUCUUGA